UAUUCUCCUCACUCAGAUGUAAAAUUAGUCUUUUCAAAUUCAGUCAGAUUUUAGCUGCUCAAACGAAAUUUUCAAAUGAAAGGAACGUUUCUGCUCCUUAUUAUUAUUUCUACCCUUUUUGCAAUUGGAAAAUGUUACAUAGAAUGUUACACUUGCAUUGAAGGACGUCGCGGGAAUAAUAUACAAUCAUGUAGUCAUUUUUUCUCAAAUCCAACUACCAUUUGUUGGAACACUAAUUAUUGUGGAAAAAUGGUGCAAAUCUCAAGUCACCAUCAUUUUCGACACGUUAUUGUCUACACUUGUUUCGAUUAUGAGGAAAAUAAUGAAAAAAACGGUACCGAAUCGCAUGAGUUAGGUGUUUUCCGUAAAAGAAUAAAAAGUACAUACAAUGGAAUGGAUAUGGAAAUUUUUAUAUGUAACACUUCUCUAUGUAAUAGUGCUUCCUCUUUUUCUUUAAUGGGGUUGUUCGUACCCAUCGUUAUACUAAUUAUCUUUCAAAAUAGAUGAACUCUACUUCCUAUUAAUUAAUUUUUAAAUGUAAGUACUAUUUUCUAUUACAACAUUCCUUUUUUCAAAAAGUUAUAGUCGCGAGAUUUAAAAAAAAUGACAGUGAAUUCUGUUCAUGUUCUUUGUAAACUUUAUUAAUAAAAGAGAAAAAAUUG